GUCCUGACCCCAGAGCUACAACCGCUCGUUCACUUCUACUAUCCGUCUUGUUGAGGCAUUUGGGUCUCUGCUGCUCAGCCGCAGAUUACUUGUCCUUUCAAAUACCUACCCUUUCCUUCUUUGUCUAGCCGCAGUAGCUGGAACUUCAUAUCCCAACGCGCAUCUAAGUUUCUACGAGAUAUGGACGCGCCGCAGGUUCAAGUGGGCGCGCCGGAGACCUCUUCGAACGUCGGAAAAGAAAGCGAAAGCACGUACACUACACAGAAAACUGGCGACCGUGAUGUGGAUGUAACUGCGCCUUCGAGUGGUGUGAACGAAGGCCAGGCAGACUCCACUGAAGACAUCGAUCUGCCAGACGCGGGCGCAGCUGAGCCAGAAACGGCACCAGCACCCCCCAAGAAAAACCCUGGCUUCCAAUUCCUUGACUUUCUGAAGUCACCUAUCGUGGAACUGGUCGUCGGAACUGGAGAGAGCAAAACUGGCUUGUCGGCACAUCAAAGUUUGCUUUUGGAGUCGCCUAUUCUUGCAGAGAAGGUCACUGCCUUGGGUGAAUCGAGCGCUCGUCGCAUUGAGCUUCCCGAGGAGAAUGUGGAAGCCUUUGGUUAUUUCCUCCAAUUUCAGUAUACCCGCGAUUACUUGGCCUCCCAGCUCGAAACACCUACCGAACAAGAAGCAGUCUCCGGCGAAAUAGACGAUAGUGGCGAACAAUUAUUGAAGCAUGCGCGAGUAUACACCUUGGCCGACAAGUUGGGGAUCCCUGCGCUCAAAACACUAGCACACUCAAAGAUUCACCGUAUCAACAGCACCUCGCAUGGAGAAAUCGCAUAUGCUCGCUAUGUCUACAUGAACACUCCGGUCGACGAUGUUACUAUUCGAAAGCCAGUGGCCACCUUCUGGGCCCUGAGGAGCCACAUUCUCCGCCACGAGGCUGAAGAGGAAUUCCGAAAGCUGUGUAUUGAGGUUCCCCAAUUCAGCUUCGAUGUUCUUAGUCUUGUUCUCGAUCAGAAGGAGAAGCGUGCCCAGGACAAGGCUGAGUCUGAGUCGGCCGUGAAAGGAAGCGGACGGAAACGACUUCGGAGUGGGCUAUAGUAAACGAAAAUUUUAGAGAUUUGAUUGAAUCCUACACCGGAUAAGGGGGGAUAAGAAUUGACGCAACCCUCUGCACGGCUCCAAGCAGAAAGCCAAAGCGGUACAUCGUCAUUUUGUAUAACAUGAGAACUCGCCUAAUUACCCGCGAUCUGUCGCCAACGAGCUCCUAGCAUUGCCUCACAGGCAACCUUCAGCUAUAUUGCACUUUAUCGCAGGGCUCAGUGCGACUAUGGUACUUCUACCAAUCUCGAGUAUCUUUGCCUCUGGUGCCCAUCCAGAUGCCAGCUCUAUGCAGCUGUCCAGAGGCAUAUUUCCGGAAUUUUUCCGAGUCGUGAUUUGCUACCAUCGCAGUCACUAUCAUUCCUGGCCUUCUGCUGGUUACCUAUCAACAUAUGAUGUAUAUUUACUAAAAUUAGUACGUAGCGAAAGUCAAACUUUAC